AUGUUUUACACUCGCAAGGAAGUUUCAACCCGCAUGGCCAUUUUCUACACUGGGAACAUGGCCGCUAGUGCGUUCUCCGGUCUCAUCGCUGCCCCCAUCUUCUCAGGCAUGGGCGGUCUUCAAGGCCUCUCUGGAUGGCAAUGGCUCUUCAUAAUCCAAGGCGCUGUAUCAAUUCUUGUAGCCUUCUUCGCCUUCUUUCUGCUGCCCGACAGCCCUCUCAAGACCCGAUGGCUUACCGAGGAGGAACGUCAGCUCGCCCACACUCGAAUUUACAAUGACACCACCGAUCGUCGCGAGGCCACGAGCGUCUGGAAGGGUCUCCGUGAGGCGUGUUGUGACUGGCGCACUUGGGUCUUUUGUCUUAUGGACAACCUUCACUUGUCCGCCAACGGGUUUAAAAACUUCCUCCCCACCGUCGUCAAGACCCUGAAGUUCAACACCACCAUUACUCUCGUUCUCACCUGUCCGCCUUACCUUUUCUCCGCUAUCUUCAGUGUUAUUGUUCCCUGGUCCUCUGGCAAAUACAACGAGCGCACUUGGCAUAUCACCAUCAGCAAGCUUGUCGUCUGCCUCGGUUUUGUCAUGUCCGUCUCCUCACUUAACAUGGGCGUCCGUUAUACUGGUAUCAUGAUUUUUGUUGGUGCCACAUACGGAGUGAACAACUUGAUUCUCGGCUGGACCUCCUCUGUUCUCGCACAGACCGAUGAGAAGAAAGCCGUCGCCAUUGCAAUGGCUAACACACUCGGCAACGCGGCUAGCAUUUACACCCCGUACCUCUGGCCUGAUUCUGAUUCUCCUCGCUUCCUCACUGCCAUGCUUGCUAGCAUCGGGUUUUCCAUCGGUGUCAUCAUCUGCGCCUGGGUGAUGAAGUUCGCCCUGAUGCGCACCAACCGCAAAAAGAGAGAGGCAGACCCCAACGCGACUAAUUUUUACGUAUACUAA